AUGGCUGAGAAGAAUCCAACUCAAAAGAAGAGGAAACAAAGGGGUAAGGCUCCUCCUGGUCCAGAUCAAGAUGUCAUCAACUGGAAGGAGGAAGAGUUUCAUAACCUCGUUAGGGGGCAUAACUUUCGUCCUGAGUGGGGGGUCGGUACCCUCCUUCUGGAUCUACUGCAUUGGAUGCCCCUCCUGAUAAAUGCGAUUGGGCUCCCUCGGAUUACCCAUUUCGAAUUUGUCUGUAGGUCUUACCGUGUUGAGCCUACUUUUGAGAUGUUCAACGCUUUCUACAGCGUUUCGUAUGCCAGCGGGUUUUACUCUUUUCAAGCUAGGACGGGAGUUACUCCGGUGUGUUCGGUGCCGAUAAAGGGCAUUCAUGAUUGGAAACAAAAGUUUUUUUACAUCCGCCGUGGUGUGAUUCCGACGGAUAUGUCAUAUAGGCAGGUGGGUCAAGGGGUCCCUAAAGUGGAUGUGCUGCCGGAUUAUGCUGCUCAAGAAUGGUAUGGGAAGAUAACCGCUAAGGCGACUGCUAUUUCUCAGUUGGAUGAAAUGGCCUUAGUUGGUGCUGGAAUGAGUAUGUUGUGGGUGCCCAAGCAUCCGCUGGGUCAACCUGUGUACAGCCAUAAGGGCAAAUUUGGUUAUAGUUUGUUGAACGCUUUGGACCCUAAGGCGGCGGGUGAUAUGGUUGAGGCCAUCCAGGCUGACGGGAAUCCAUCGUGGUUGGACCAGAUACGGGACCGUUUUCUGCAUCCUACCGAUGCUAGUUUGAGCAAAUACGCGAAUGAAGUUCUUGGUGAGGAUGAUUGGGAUGACUUUGUCGACUCUGGUCGAGAGGAAGUCAUCAUCCUUUCUAGUGGAAGUUCUGACCGGGAUGUUGAAGAUCUAAUAUCUCAUUCCGCGCGUGCAGGUACCGCGCCUGGUGGUGUUGCUGAGCCGAUACAUGAAUUUGUUGAGGAUGAUGAUGAUGCGGAGGCAUCUGUUGAUCCGUCUGCCCAGUUGGAGACGAGAAAGAAGGCACGGACUGAUAGAUCUGGAAGGAGGGAAGAGAAGAAGGAGGGCGGAGCUGCUGGAUCUUCUCGUAAGCAACCUUCUACUCUUCCUUAUCUAGAUUAUGUGGUAGUGUCUGAUACAUUGUCUGGCCUAGGCCCUGGGGAGGUGCGUCAGGGGUCGGAUCCUGACGAUAAGGCCACUUUGACUGAGCAUAUGAAGAAGAAGGCUCUUGAUGAUCAUAAGCGUCAUCUUGAUGAACAAGCUGCUGCCCUUCUUGCGGCCAAGAGAGCUAAGCUUCAAAAGGAUGCCCCCCCAGCACCUUCUGAAUCUGAAGUUGAUUUGGGUGUGUUUAGUGGGGGUCGAGGGAACUUGUUGGAGGAGAUAUGGGCUGCCUCUGCUCCCCGCCCUGUGCUCAAGACAAGCAAGAAACCUCGGCCGGUGGAUAUUUCUCAGAUUACUCCACCUACUUCUCCUCCCUCGAGGACUGUUGGCUUGACCCCUCCACGUGACAGUGUUGGUGCAAAUGUGGAGGGUGGUGAAGGGUUUGUUGAAGGUACAUUUGAGGGAGGUGAUGCUGCUGGAGGUGAUGUUGGAGGUGAUGCUGCUGGAGGUGACGGUGCCGGAGGUGAUGUUGCUGGGGGUGAUAAGGGUAAAGGUGUUGAAGUGGAGAUGGAGUCUAGUGAGACUACUCCGCAACAAACCAUUUACACAAAGCGUCCUCCUGGUGGGGGUGGGGCCACAUCUGGCACCGUUCGGGACUCGCACUUUGAACGUGUUCCUAAUGAUUCAUGGGGCAAUCCAGCUUGUGAUGAUAUGCCUCACGUUCCCCGCUGGAGCCUUACUCAGGGUUCUCGUAUGGAAGAUUUGAAGAAUUGUCAUGAGUUUUUCUCUUUGUCUCUUCCGCCUGUAGAGAGAAUGUUUUCAGAAAAACCGCAACCGCUUUGCCCUUAUAGAUGAUCAUGUUAGAGCUGGAGUUAACUUCUUUGCCACUUCGCAAGAGAUUCUUCGCGAAUGGCGAUCUAUGGGGGAAGAAAAUCUUGAGUUUGAAGAGGCUAAGAAGUCGUUUUCUAAAGAGAGAGAGAAAUUUAAUGCAGAGAAAAAAGGUUUGCAAUGGCGGGUUGCUGAGGCGGAGCGGAAGCUCGAAGAGCAGAAGCAGUUGAACGAGCAAAAACAGAAAGAUUGGGAAUCUGCAUGUGCUCGUACGAACUCGGAAAUGCAGUCGCAGCGUGAAGCUAUUGUGCGGCUGUCUGGUGAGAAGACGACCCUUGCGGAUGAGGCGCAUCAGGCGCGGCUUGCUGCGGAGAAGAAGGAAAAGGAGUAUGUUGCACGGAUCGACAAGCUGGAGCUUCUUUCGCAGGAGAAGGCUUCGGAAUGUGAGGCUGCUCAGCGCCUUCUUGAUGAGAAGACGGCUGAGUGUCGUGCGUCUGAGCUGCUUGCUGAGGAAGCCUCAGCUGAUAGUAGGUGGUUGCUAUCCCGUGGCGUUCCAUUGCUUGCUGAUCGCAUCAUGCAUUCAUCUGAACUUGCCCGCUACAUGUUUGAAUUGGGUAGGGCAGGUUAUAACAGUGGGCGCAAGUUUGGUUAUGCUGAAGGUAGAUUUGCAGCUUCCAAUAAUGAGAAGGAUUACAACUUUGAGUUGUACAAGGAGGAUUGUGAUGGUGCUUAUGCGGAGAAGCGGAAAGAGUUUUCGAUGCUUGAUUUUGCCGUUGUUCGGGCUGCCGGCAAGUUGGCUCAUAAAGCUAAUGGAGUGGCUUUGUUAAAGAACGCUUUGGGAGACGAUGGCGAUGGUGGUGCAGGAGGUGCUGGUUCUAGCCAUUCUUGAUUGGAAGUUUCCGGCCUGUGUGCCGUGUAUAGCCCUGAAUGGGCUUGUAGUGAUUGUUUUUAAGACAAUUUGAAAUUUCUUACCUGUCGUGUUAUGUAUUU